CGCAUGAAACUAUACUAUUACAAGACACUUUCAGAAGGUUAUUCGGGUGAACGGCAAAAAUCACUCGCCACUAAAUAUCACCUUCUCCAUCUCUAAAUCACCAUCCAUCUCUCCACGAUUUGUUAGUGGUGAUUCAAGGAUCAGAAUGAAGGUGAAGGUAGUUUAUAGGAAGUUACGUGAUUAUGUCCGAUAUGAUUUGAAAGAAAUUGCAUUCCCUUCAUCUUUACCCGACCCUCCUCAUUUUAAAAAGCGGAGAAAGCUAACUUGGAAAGAACGAUAUCUGGUGAUGAAGGAAGCAACUAGACUUUAUGCUGCAAGUUGGGUACGAGAUAUAGGUCCUGAGCUGCGACCAAAUGAAUACAAGAAAAAGGAAAAUACAGGUGAUCAACCCGAUGGAGCGACGGGUUCAAACGGAGAAACAGAACCUUCUACAUUGGAGGAUCUAGCUGUUGCUGCUCGAGGUGGAAUGGAGACCCUUAGGCCAGCUUUGCAGCGGGUUUACAUGACCAGAGCAUCUGCUUAUAGAGAUGCAUUGAAGAGCUUCAUAAAAGGUUACCAAGAAGGAAUACAAGAAGUCAUGGAGAAAAAGAAUAACCCUGAUCCCCUUCAAGAAAACGAUGACCCAAAGAAGUCUACUUGAUCAAUUAGAAGAUCAUGAAGCGCUUUCAUAUAUAUUUACCCCAGAUGUAAAUUUUGCUUUCUAAUUAUAAAUUCGUUCAGUUUUAUGAGUGUCGAUUUUAAUAUGAUACUAGAUUGUUAACCUAAGGUGCAUAUCCUUUAAAACUUUGUAUUAUCUAGGCGUGAUGAUGCUGCAAAUAACUUUGUUAGAUAAUGAAUGAUUUUUCUUUUA